UAUCUAACUUAUGUAUAAGCGAUGUUCAGACAUUUAUUUUGAUUUUAAAAUACAACUUUCAACGAGCAAGACACUAUGCUUGACCAGAUUUUUCAAAAACUGAGAAGCUCUGUCAAGAAUAAUUCUUCCGCCAGAAGACGUAGCGAGAGAUCUGCCAUUUCUACAUCAUCUAGAGAUUUUAGAGAUUUAUUACGAGUGUUCCAUCAUAUUCAUUUUAGAAGAGGACGUAGAUUUUUCAUUCAGCGAUGUAGCCAACAGGCUAAUUUAAGUGGAGAAUUUAAAGAUCAGUUUACAAAGCAGUCCAUAGAUGGCAACAGACUUGCAAGUUUGACUGAAUUUGAUGUGGAUAAUUUUAUUGCCAGUAAGAAGAAAAAACAGGAAAUGAAAAGUUAUAUCAUACGUAUAAAGAAACCAACGAAUACUCUAUCAAAACCAAACUGGAUUGCAACAGCUCCUCCUCCAACUGCAACAAACAAAAAACAGUAUAAUGAUGAUUCAGAUGAUGAUUCUAUUUAUAGUUGGGGAGAUGAUUUUGAUGAGGUUGAUGAAGAUAAUGGGGAAAACAAUGCAGCAAGUUCUUCAGAAGAUGAUGAAAACUAUAUAGAUGUCCAUCAGGAUAUGCCACCAUCAAUAAAUGAAGGCCACUACAACGUUCAUGAAGAAAAUAAUGAUACAGCAGAAAAUCUUCCUGGGAGUGGUAACUUUUCAUUAUCAUCAUUAAAAGUGGCACUUUUAGAAUUCCAAGCAAAUCGUGGCAAGUCGCCAUCACGGGCAGACACUACAGAUGAAGAUACAAAUGCUGAUGAUGAUUAUUUAGAUCCGGUACAAAAAGUUAAGCUGGAACCCACAGAGGGACCAACAAAACCACCAGGUAGACGACAGCCACCUAAAAUACCAGAACCAGAAGAUAGAUCAUCACGGCCUAAAGCAAAAACACCAUUACUUCCUGGUCAGGGACCCUUGCCACCACCCAAUACUGGUAAAAACAAAGGAGCGCGCAAAACAAAAGGUCCAAGUACACCAAAAAAUAGAUCACCAUCACCCAUUCAGGCAGUAUAUGAGGAUCCAGAUGCUUCAGCACCACAACAAAUCAAAAGACGACCACCCCCUCCUAUUCCUAACGAAGAUGAGCCACCACAGGACAUAUAUAUAAAUGAUAAACAGAUUUCUCAACAACAGAAGCUGCCAGAACAAGAAGGAGGUUAUAUAAAGUUUCAACCACCUGUAGUUCAAGAACAAGUGUACAUCGAACCUGAAGAACCUGAACAAGCUCCUGAUAUUCUUGCACCCCCGAUUCCACCAACAAGUCAAGCCAGGCGCCCAUCUUUACCACCCGUCCCAGUCAUCCCAGAUCAAUUACCACCAACCCCCAACAGAAAAACAUCAGAUUCACAAAGAAAAACUUCUGAUGUUGGCCAGAGGAAAAAUUCUAAAGAUGUCCAGAGGAAAAAUUCUCAAGAUGUCCAGAGGAAAAAUUCUCAAGAUGUCCAGAGGAAAACUUCAGACACAAUAAGAAAAAUAUCCAGAGGUUCUUUACCACCAGUACCUGGUCAAAGACAAACAGAAAGUCAAGGUGCCACAUCAAAUGGUCAAGAUGAUGAACUGGAAGCUUUAUAUAGCUAUAAUUGGUAUCACAGUGAAAGCGACAGGGGGCUAGCAGAACUUAGACUUAAAGAAGAGAAAGUAAAUGGGAUGUAUUUAGUUAGAAAAAGUUUACGUGGAGGAUUAGUUCAUCCUUACACGCUAAUGGUAUAUUAUGGAGGUAGGACUUAUAACUUUCCUAUUCGAAGACAAGAAGAUGAUCACCAGUUUGGGUUGGGAAAAGAUUCAAGUCUUAAACGAAAUGGAUUGAUAUUCCCAUCUGUAGAGAAGUUAAUUUCUUAUUUCCAAACUCAUCCAUUGAUAUUAAAUCCAAAUUCAAACACUGGAUCAAAAACUAUGCUUACCAAGCCCUUAACAAAACUAUGAAUGGUGAAAGAAGUCUGAGAACAGUUUCUUGGAUUUUAAAGUGUGGUGAAAAAGAUAACAUCCUACUUCAGUGUUUCUAUUGUUAACUCAUUUUAUAUUUGAAGUUCACCUGCUUUAGUAACCCACAAAAUUAUAACUAUUUUAAAGUAAAUUACUCUUUCUGGGCUUUAUAUAUGAAUAAGAUUAAAAGCUUUAGGGUAACAUCAGUGUAUUAUAAAAAUUGUAUCAGUGCCAAUUCCUUUAUAUUGGUUUUGAAAAGUUAAAUAGUGAUAUUAACGUGAUAAUGACCUAAAUUUUUAAGAAAUAAAGUUCCUAUGACCAUUAUUCAUGUAUCGUUCUUUAAUUUAAUUUGUAUUUAAAUGAACAUAAGUAUUAUGUGUGCUGUCUGAAAUGAUACCCGGUAGAAGAAGUAGAUCAUACAAAGAUCUUAUCUUUCCUGUCAUUCUAUAUGGUAAACCAAAAUGUACCUGUCAUGACAAAUUUAUUAAAUCUUGUCAUAUUGCUAACAUGCUUGAGAAUUGUGUGUAUAUAUUAAAUGCAGCUUCAAUUUCUACAUGUACAUUAUACCCACAUUUAAUAUUUGUGUGAUUAAUUUAUAGUCGGUUGAUUACCUUCCAGAGUGUAACGAGAAAUUUGUUAACGGCACAGAACAUCUGCCGUGUUUGAGAUGCCAUAUACAGUUUUACUGUAUUGUUCCAUGAUUAUUAAUUGUAUCUAAGAAUUUAUGUGAUAUCAAGAGAGCUCAAUCUGAGUACCUUAACAUGUAUAGUCCAAUAUCAAGAGAGCUUAAUCCAGUACAAUGUACUUUAAUAUAUAUUUAUUUAUAAUUUACAUUCUUUAGAUCUGGCAUGUUGGGAAAUUUUUACCAAAAAUUUGAUAAAUGUAUUGAAAUAAUCUUUUACAAUAUGGAUAGUUUUCAUGAGGUCAAUUUCAUACAAAAUUGAAGCACAUAGUUUAUAAUUUUCAAGAUCAAUAUUAAAUGGCACAUUUCUUGCAAAUUAAUUAACUUUAAUAUGACUAGUAUUAUGAAAAGGCUGGUUUACUGGUAGCCUAUCUUUUAAUUUAUUUCCAUGUAUAUCAAGUGGUAUCAUUUGAAAUAUAUAUAUACUUCUCAACUGCUAAUUUAGAAUGGCAAAUGUUUUAGAUAAAAUUGUAACAUGUACAAAUAUUUUAAUUAUUUUAUUGUAAAUAACAAUUAAAACUAGAAUAAAAAUAAUCGACUAAGAAAAAACAUAAACAAGAAAUUAUAAUUAACUAUAGAAUAUGGAAUGUGGAUUUGGCAAACUAACUGAUGAAGAUUAACCAAAGAAUAUAGGGGGGUUGGAUGGCUGAAUGGUUAGCGUGCGCGCUCUGUAUCAUAAAGUCUGUCAUUGAGUUGACUGGCGUGGUUUCGAAUCCCUGGUUGUACGUGACAAGGAGUAGGGUCGCCUGUCCAACCUCGUGGGUUUUCUCCUGGUCCUCCGGUUUCCUCCCACUGCUAAAGACCCCUACGCGCCAGCGAAUUAUUGAAAUAAAAUUAAACCAUAUGUUAGUCCCGAAAUGACCUAGUUUGUGUCGAGUGGAGUGGACGUUAAACCCCAUUUCUCUCUCUCUCCAAAGAAUAUAAGGAAUGUGGAUUUGCCAAACUAACUGAUGAAGAUUGAUAGUUUGGAUAAGGCCAUUUAAAAAAUGUAUUCUGGUUCUCAGAUAAUCCUGUUUCACUUCAAAUGGACAACAUGACCUGUUUUUAUACGCCCACAUCUUCAUGUGGACGUAUAUUGUCAUUCCCCUCUGUCUGUCCGGACGUCCCUGAUUCGUCCAUCCACAAUUUGUUUGUGGACACUCUACAGGUCACAAUUUUUAUCCGAUUUUGAAGAAACUUGAAAUAUAGGUUUAUCUCCCACAGAUCUCGGUUCCUUUUGAUAUUGGCAUGUAUCGGACCAUAACUUCAUGGAUUGUGGCCCCUGUUUGUACAAAAAAUCACGUUUUUAGCUUGUGGACACUCUAGAGGUCACAAUUUUGAUUGGAUUUUGAUGAAACUUGCAAUGCAUGUUUAUAACCCAAAGAUCUUGGUUCCUUUUGAUAUUUGCGCAUAUCGGAUCAUAACUACCUGAAUUAUGGCCCUUAAUUUUGACUCUAAGAAAAAUCACGUUUUUAGCUUGUUGUCCCUCUACAGGUCACAAUUAUUAUCCAAUUUAAAAAAAUGUGUGAAUAUAUAACAUUUAUACACUAAUGAUGGUUGAGUUUGAAUUUCAAGAAAAUCAGAAAAAACUGAUGAACAUAUGGCGGCCUUUUGUACGCAAAUAGUGUAAAAAUAUGGUAUAUCAAGGUUGUGGGCCCUCUAGAGGCUACAGUUUUUAUCCGAUUUGGAUGAAACUUUAAAUAUGUGUUUUUAUCAUAAAGAUCUUGGUUCCUUUUGAUAAUCACACAUAUCCGAAUGUAACUUCCUGGAUUCUGGCCCCUGAUUUGUCGAAAAAUCGCAUUUUUAGCUUGUGGAUUCUCUAGAGGUCACAAUUUUCUAAAAACCAUUUAGAUAUAUCACCAUUCCACCAUAAUGAAGGUUGAAUUGGAAUUUCGGGGAAAUCGAAAUUAAACUGACCGACAAAAUGGCCGUUCUUUGUAUGGAAAUUGUGUAUAAAUAUGUAAUACAAAGGUUAAGGACCCUCUAGAGGUCACAAUUUUAUCCGAUUUUGAUAAAACUUAAAACAUAUCUUUAUAUUCCAAAGAUCUCAGUCCCUUUUGAUAUUUGUGCAUUUCAGACCAUAAUUUUCUGGAUUAUGGCCCCUGAUUGUUCAAAAAAUCAUUUUUGUUUUUAGCUUGUUGUCUAUCCAUCUCUUGGUUUAACCUCCACUCAACACAAACUAGGUCAUUUUGGGACCAACACAUGGUUCAAUUUUAUUUCAAUAAUUUGCUUGCGUGUAGGGGUCUUUAGCAGUGGGAGGAAACUGGAGGUCCCAGAGAAAACCUACAAGGUUGGACAGGCGACCCUCUCCUUGUAACAUACAUGUGGGGAAUCAAAAUCACGGCACUUCAUAUUAUAAAUAUCAAAAUAGUUUGUUGGGGUUUUAGUUAAAAAGACAAAUUGAACCUGAAACAUUCUAGAUGAGCAUAUUGGUCAAAGCUGUAAUCAACAAAUGUGAUCAUGUAUGAUAAUAUGGAACAUCCAAUAGGUACAGAAAUUUAUAUUAAAAUUUAGGGAUAAGGACCUCACAACAUAUAACAAAUACAAAACAAUCCUACUCACAAAGUCGAUAAGUUACCCAACUUGAGUUUCAAGAGGAUAUCUAUUGCUGUCAAUGUAAACAGAUGUCUGUUCAUGGACAUUUACUACUUUAGAUAUUAUAACACAUGACCAUAGGUCAUUAUCAGAAUCAGAUUUUCUUGAUAGUCACAAAUUGAAAUUCUUGUAAUAAAAAGUGGGGGAAACGGUAUCUAAAAUCGCAAUUAAAUGGUUGCAUGCAGUAAUUAUUAAUGAUUGUCGAUGACCAUUGGCAGCCCCAUACCUGGCUGCAUUUUAUGAAAACCUGGGUUGUACUAGGUAGAACAGAAGUGAUAAACAAGUAAUGCAAAGAGGAGGAACUACUGUGCUAUUUACCCCUUCAUGGUUACUGUCUUUAAUUAUAUAAAGUUUCACUUAUACCCCCCCCCCCCAAAAAAAAACCAAAAACAACAAAAACCCUGACUCUCCUGUAAUUGUGUUGUUACUGUAUUGUUGACUGCUGAUAACUUUGUUAUGUAACUAUUAGUUAACUUUUGUUAUACCAUUAUAAAAUAGAAAUAAAUUUAUUUUCAGCUCAA